CUAAUUAUUUUCUUGACAUGUCUUUUAGCUUGAUAACUAUGGACAACAAGAACUUGGGGAUCUUUUUGUGAACUAUAAUGUAAAAUCUCCCACUACUGGAAAUGAUCUGUCCCCUCCAGUACCUUUUAACUUAAUGUUCAAGACCUUCAUUGGGCCUGGAGGAAGCAUGCCUGGGUAUUUGAGACCAGAAACUGCACAGGGGAUUUUCUUGAAUUUCAAACGACUUUUAGAAUUCAACCAAGGAAAGUUGCCUUUUGCUGCUGCCCAGAUUGGAAAUUCUUUUAGAAAUGAGAUCUCCCCUCGGUCUGGACUGAUCCGAGUCAGAGAAUUCACGAUGGCAGAAAUUGAGCACUUUGUAGAUCCCAGUGAGAAAGAACAUCCCAAGUUCCAGAAUGUAGCAGACCUCUGCCUGAAUUUGUAUUCAGCAAAAGCCCAGGUCAGCGGACAGUCUGCUCAGAAAAUGCGCCUUGGGGAUGCUGUUGAACAGGGUGUGAUCAACAACUCAGUAUUAGGCUAUUUUAUUGGCCGCAUCUACCUCUACCUCACAAAGGUUGGGAUAUCUCCAGAUAAACUCCGCUUCCGGCAACACAUGGAGAAUGAGAUGGCCCAUUAUGCUUGUGAUUGUUGGGAUGCUGAGUCCAAAACCUCUUAUGGCUGGAUUGAGAUUGUUGGAUGUGCUGAUCGUUCCUGUUUUGACCUCUCCUGUCAUGCACAAGCCACUAAAGUCCCACUUGUGGCUGAGAAACCUCUGAAAGAACCCAAAACAGUUAAUGUUGUUCAGUUUGAACCCAAUAAGGGAGCAGUUGGGAAGGCAUAUAAGAAGGAUGCAAAGCUGGUAAUGGAGUACCUCGCCACUUGUGAUGACUGUUACAUUACAGAAAUGGAGAUGUUGCUGAGUGAGAAAGGGGAAUUCACUAUUGAAACUGAAGGGAAAACUUUUCAGUUAACAAAAGACAUGGUCAAUGUGAAGAGAUUCCAGAAAACACUACAUGUGGAAGAAGUUGUCCCAAGUGUAAUUGAACCCUCCUUUGGCCUGGGCAGAAUUAUGUAUACCAUACUUGAACAUACAUUCCAUAUCCGAGAGGGAGAUGAACAGAGAACGUUCUUCAGUUUCCCUGCUGUGGUCGCUCCAUUCAAGUGUUCCGUCCUUCCACUGAGCCAAAACCAAGAGUUCAUGCCAUUUGUCAAGGAAUUGUCGGAGGCUCUGACCAGAAAUGGUGUGUCUCACAAAGUAGAUGAUUCCUCUGGGUCCAUUGGAAGGCGCUAUGCCAGGACUGAUGAGAUUGGCGUGGCAUUUGGCAUCACCAUCGACUUUGAUACAGUGAACAAAACCCCUCACACUGCGACUCUGAGAGACCGAGACUCCAUGCGGCAGAUAAGAGCAGAGGUCUCUGAACUACCCAGUGUGGUCCGCGAUCUGGCCAAUGGCAGCAUCACGUGGGCAGAUGUGGAGGCCAGGUAUCCUCUGUUUGAAGGUCAAGAGACUGGCAAAAAAGAAACAACCGAGGAAUAAGAACACUUUGGCAACUCUUGACCACCUGUGCUAAUAAAAAAAAA